AUUAUUUCCAGUCCAAACAUAUACAGCUCACAACAAUGGUUUCCCUUCUUCCAAUUUCAGUGACCUCCAUAACUGCAAUCUUUGCUAUCUUAUUAUUUCUAUACUCAUGUUUGAGGAUCCUACAAGGCGAAUCCAAGAAGAGACUCCCACCAAAAGCAGGGGGUGCGUGGCCUGUGAUAGGCCACCUCCACCUCCUAGGUGGGUCAAAACCACCUCACAAAACUUUAGUUGAUAUGGCUUACAAGUACGGUCCGAUCUUCACAAUCAAUUUGGGUGUCCAUCGUGCUCUUGUGGUUAGUAAUUGCGAGAUCGCCAAAGAAUGUCUGACUACCCAUGACAAAGUCUUUGCUAGUCGUCCAAGGACUCUCGCCACGGAGCACUUGGGCUACAACCAGGUCAUGCCAGGUCUCGCCCCAUAUGGCCCAUAUUGGCGUCACAUGCGCAAGAUUACUACACUCGAGCUUCUCUCGAGUCACCGGCUCGAGACUCUAAAGCACAUAAAAGAAUCCGAGGUUAGGAAUUCCACCAAAAAGUUGUACCAAUUGUGGGCCCAAAACAAAAACAGUUCGAACCAAGUCUUGGUGGACAUGAAAAGAUGGUUCGGAGAUAUAACCGCGAGCGUGAUGUUUAAGCUAAUUGUGGGUAAGCGUUAUGUGACUGAGGAGGGUCAGGAGGAUGUGAGAUGGAAAAAAGUUAUGAGAGAUUGGGUUGAGUUGUUCGCGAAAUUUGUAUUCGCUGAUUGGGUGCCGUUUUUGAGGUGGUUCGAUUUGGGUGGUGUUGAGAAGGCCAUGAAAAGGACGGCCAAAGUAAUGGAUGGUUAUGUGCAAGAGUGGGUGGAAGAGCAUAAGAAGAAGAGACUGAAUUCUGGUGAUCGGAUUGUAGAGGAAGACUUCAUGGACGUCAUGCUCUCCGUUCUUGAUGGCAAUCAACAGGAAAAGCUUACUGGGUAUAGUCGAGAUACUGUCAUCAAAUCUGGAAGCAUGGGCCUAAUACUGGCAGGAACAGACACUACUACAAUAACUUUUGUGUGGGCCUUAUCACUACUACUCAACAACAGUCAUGUCUUAAAGAAGGCCCAAGAAGAGAUAGAUGCCUACGUUGGUAGAGAAAGGCUAGUGAAAGCAUCGGACGUGAAAUCUUUGGUAUACCUAGAAGCUAUUAUAAAGGAAACACUACGACUAUACCCUGCUGGACCACUCUCUCUUCCACACGAGUCAAUGGAAGAUUGCACUGUGAUGGGCUACCAUGUCCCAAAGGGAACAAAACUUCUUGUUAAUAUCUGGAAAAUUCAGCACGAUCCAAGCAUUUGGGAGGACCCUUACGAGUUCCGACCAGAGAGAUUUCUCACAACUCACAAGCACAUUGAUAUUAAGGGUCAAAAUUUCGAGCUCUUACCAUUUGGAAGUGGGAGAAGAAUGUGCCCUGGAGUCUUGUUUGCUUUCCAAAUCUUGCAGCUCACACUCGCUAAUCUGCUUCAUGGGUUUGAUUUUGCAACCCCAAAUGAUGAGCCAAUUGAUAUGACGGAGAGCAUUGGAUUGACAAAUUUUAAAGUGACGCCACUUGAAGUCCUUCUCACUCCGCGUCUGCCACCUCAUUUAUAUGAAUGAACAAAACUAAUACUACUCUAAAUACUCAUUAUCUUUCUUCAUGAAUCAUGAUGACCUUGUGAUCAUGAGGGUUGGAAUAUGAUGCCAUCUUAGGUUGGAAGUAUUUAUAAAUAAGAUAUAUAUCAUAAUAUA